UAUGUUAGUGAGUUUUACACUAAAUUCGCUAAAAUGAAAUCCAUUGCAAAAUAAUAAGAACUAUUCAAGUUUUAAAUUCCUACAAAGCAUCAAGUCUAUUACGUGUCAAAGAAAAAAUUAUCAUGUAUUUCAAAUAUGUUAAUAUCUUUUUAUUCUUGAUUUGUUUUUUACAAGUAGCAAACGCAGCAAGAUUUACUGAUGAGCAACUGCGAGAAAUUUAUGAUGGCGCCAAAGCGCUUAGCUUAAGACGGUCCCAAUUGCUAAAAUUGGAUGUUUCUAAAAAUUUUAAGGGAAGAGUUAACAGGUAUGAAGUAAGAUAUUACUUAUAUGAAGACGAAAAAUAUGAAAAAUAUCAACUAACACUUGAAAGCAUGCAAAAGAUAACAGAAAAAUUACCGCAGAUUGAUGCCGAUAUCACAUUCGAGGAAUAUGAAAAAAUUAUGAAUAGAGUAGAACUUGGUGAAGAUAUCUCAUUCUACGACUCUAAAGCUAUAUUAUGAAUAAAGUGGAUUUAUAAAUUAGCCGCCUCUAAGGCUAAAAAUUUACUACAACAUCCAACCGUCGUUCACUAUAUUCCAAAAGAAAAACUUAAGUGUAUAAUUUGUCUCUUAAAAAAAAUCACUUUACUAUGCUGAUAUCUUAUUUUUUAGUUGCUAUGUAUUUAUUUUUAAAUGGGUGUGUGGGUUAUUUUUGUUUUAAUCGAUUACUGUAUUAUUUGUGUAAUUUGUAAACGUUAUAUUC